AGCAGCGUGUUGCCCGAGUAAAGCAGCAACCGACUGUAACGCUAUAAAACCGUUAACUGAUUUUUCUUAUUAUUCUCUCCAAACAUUCCAAUUACAGAAAAAAAAUAUCAUAUAACCAUUUUGAUUUGAUGGGUACCUCUCAAAGCCGCGAGGGCCUCGAAGUAACAGAUUCCGACUCCGAUUACGAAGAAGAAGAAGAAGAUGAACAAGAGCAAGAGCAAGACCAAUUUCAUGACGCUGAAACUUCCACCCAAUCCCAUUCCACACACCUCGACGAAGUAGACGCUAGACUCAAAGCCUUAAAACUCAAAUAUUCUUCAUCACAAUCACAAACGCCUCUUUCUAAAAACGCCGUUAAGCUUUACCUUCACAUAGGCGGCAACACUCCCAAUGCCAAAUGGAUCAUCUCCGACAAACGCACUUCCUACGCUUUCCUCAAAUCUGACGACGAAGAAGACGAACAAAACGACGUCGCUCAAGGUCAAUGGAUUCUCAAAGUCGGUUCCAAAAUUCGUGCUAGGGUUUCCACCGAACUACAAUUGAAGAUGUUCGGCGAUCAACGCCGCGUCGAUUUCGUCUCCAACGGUGUCUGGGCUCUUAAAUUCCCCACCGACGAAUCCUACCGGAAAUUCGUCACCGAUUUUCAGAACUGCACUUUCGAAAAUGUAUACGGUCUCUCUCCAACCGAAGACAACAAAAUCAAGGUUUACGGCAAAGAGUUCAUCGGUUGGGUGAAGCCUGAAGCCGCCGACGAUUCCGUCUGGGAAGAUGCAUAUUCCGACGACGGUUCCCGGAAGAGCCCUGAACCCUUUCGAUCAAGAGGUGAUUUGAUGGAGGAGUUCGAAGAGGCUGCAACCGGAGGUGUUCAGACCCUAACUCUCGGUGCACUCGACAACAGUUUCCUCCUCAACGACUCCGGCGUUCAGGUUUACCGGAAUUUCGACCGGGGAAUUCACGGCAAAGGUGUUGCCGUGAAAUUUGACGGCGGAAAUCUUCGGCAAGAGACACCGAAUAAGGCAUUGUUGAUGAGGGCGGAGACUAACAUGAUGCUCAUGAGUCCUCACGCUUCAAAGCUUCGCCAGCUCGAUAUCGAAACGGGGAAGAUCGUUACAGAGUGGAAAUUCGAGAAGGAUGGUUGUGAUAUCACGAUGAGGGAUAUCACAAAUGAUACUAAAGGUUCACAAUUGGAUCCUUCGGAAUCAACUUUCUUAGGGUUGGAUGAUAACAGACUCUGUCAAUGGGACAUGCGUGAUAGAAAAGGAAUUGUUCAGAAUAUAGCAAACUCUGGUUCUCCAGUGUUGCAUUGGAACCAAGGGCAUCAAUUUUCAAGAGGAACUAAUUUUCAGUGCUUUGCAACAACUGGAGAUGGUUCCAUUGUUGUAGGGUCUAUUGAUGGGAAGAUAAGGUUGUAUUCGAAGACAUCGAUGAGGCAGGCUAAGACGGCUUUUCCUGGGCUUGGUUCGCCGAUUACAAGUGUUGAUGUUACUUUUGAUGGAAAGUGGGUGUUGGGUACUACUGAUACUUAUUUGGUGUUGAUUUGUACAUUGUUUACUGAUAAAGAUGGGAUGACAAAGACUGGAUUUAGUGGUCGGAUGGGAAAUAGGAUACCUGCUCCUAGAUUGUUGAAGCUUACUCCUUUGGAUUCACAUUUGGCUGGGACAACCAAUAAGUUUCAUGGUGGCCAUUUCUCAUGGGUCACUGAAAAUGGUAAACAAGAACGCCACCUUGUUGCAACUGUGGGCAAGUUCAGUGUGAUAUGGGAUUUUCAGCAGGUAAAGAACAGUGCUCAUGAAUGCUACAGGAAUCAACAAGGGCUGAAAAGCUGUUACUGUUAUAAAAUAGUAUUGAAGGACGAGUCAAUCAUAGAAUCACGAUUUAUGCAUGACAAAUUUGCUGUUAGUGACUCCCCUGAAGCUCCGUUGGUGGUCGCAACUCCUUUGAAAGUUAGCUCAAUCAGCCUGUCUGGAAAGCGACCUGGUUAAACCUUGGUUUACGUUUUUAUUUUAGUUCUCCUUUUUCAUUUUCAGGUUUCAAAUUUCUAGUGUUAGGCGUGCCUUGGAACAAAUUAUUGCUUGUAUACAAGUCUCUGUAAUGCAUUUAAAUAUUAUGUACAGAAAUUUAUAGGUUGCCCUGUAUCUGCUGUUUUUUUUUUCUCUCUCUUGCACUGUUCAUUUGUGGUUACAAGUUUGGGUUUGCGAAGACUGAUGUACUGUCCUGUUU